AAAGCCCAAUUCCCAACCCAAAACCCUAAAACAGCUUCUCUUCUUCAGCUUAUAGCAGCACCACAUUUCCCCUAAUCCAAUUGCAGGUCGCCGUCUUCAAUCACCCCAGUUCGUAGAAAAACAUACACAAUCGAAGAUGAGUCGCGGAGCAGUAGCAGCAAAGGGCGGGAAGAAGAAAACGGCGACGUUUGUGAUCGAUUGUGGAAAGCCGGUAGAGGAUAAGAUUAUGGAGAUUGCGUCACUUGAGAAGUUUCUUCAGGAGAGGAUUAAGGUUGGCGGGAAAGCUGGGAAUCUCGGGGAUUCUGUUACGAUUUCUCGUGAGAAGAAUAAGAUCUCUGUUACUGCUGAUAGCAAUUUCUCCAAAAGGUACUUGAAAUACUUGACAAAGAAAUACUUGAAGAAGCACAAUGUGCGGGACUGGCUUCGUGUGAUCGCUUCUAACAAAGAACGCAAUGUUUAUGAGCUAAGAUACUUCAACAUUGCUGAGAACGAGGGUGAAGAGGAAGAUUAAGCAAGUUUAUUAUUUAGGUUUUUUUUUUCUGGCAUGUGAUUUUGAAACUUAUUAUAUCUUGUUUUUUUUUACUUCAGAUUUUUAGAUAUUGUUUUGCAGUAAUAUUUAUGCUUUAUGUGCCUUUGCAAGCCU